AUGACCGUCCAGGCGAGGAGGCACUCAGCAGCCUACAAGUCCCCAUCACCCUAUAGCGCCCGACAAGAUACAGAUAUCGAAAAGCAGCCCACUCUCGGCCGCCACACAUACCACCACCACCCGAGCGAUGACUCCGACGACGAAUCGCUAGACGACGACUCCAACGUCGCAGACUCGUACCCGCCGCCCGUCGUGACCGGCGCAGGUCUCCGUCGUGCCCAAGCAGGUGUCGGCUUUCGCGUGCCCCAGCGCAUCAUGCGAUGGCUGUGCUUCGCUCUCUUCGCUGCGCUCGUCCUCUUCAUCCUCACUCUCUUCCGCUUCACUCUCUCUGGCUCCGUGUCACAAGUCGCAGUGGAGCUGCCCAAGGUCGUGGCAUCGAAGCCGCCACAAUGGGAGAGCUUCCCUUUCCUGUCUCGCUAUGAGGGUGGACUGUCAUCGCUGGUCUCUCGCAAGGACAAUGUCCCUGAGUACCCUGGCGAUGGCUCUGAGGAGCUGGCCCUGCGGACGGACCAGAGCGACGAGCAGGAGGAACAGGAUGCCAACAAGGUGAACAAGAGAGAUCUGAGACUUAGUAUGCAGAGCUCUGUGUUCAAUCCUUACCCUGAUUACCAAUCGCCGGAGUACGUGCAAAAAUAUGGCGAGAAGCGGGAAUGCUUCCUCGACAAGGAAAACACACUGCGGGUCCCGUCUGUCCAGAGCUACCCCGGUGUUCCAAAGGGCUUCCCGGAGCCGGCUAUGGGCUCGAAUACAAUGUUGGGUAUUCGGGAUGACAUGUGCUUUGACCGAUUUGGUCGCCUGGGCCCUUACGGAUUUGGAUACGGAGCCAAGAAAGGUGGCUCUGGAGCCGGUUUGGAGGGCCAUCGUGAUGGUGCUGAGCGUGUGUGGGAAGACGUGCCCCCUGUUGACUUCCGGCCGGUGGAUUGGGCUGGUGCGCAGAACCGCUGCCACGCAGCUAACCGCCACCGAUUCAAUGCGCUACCGGAGCCGCGUCUUGAGCGGUUCGUUUCCAUGCCGGUGGGCGUUCCUAAAGUGAAUAUUCCCGAGCCUGAGGAGGAUUCUCGCACGGCGCCGCCCAAGACUGGAGCUGAGAAGUUGCCGCGCACUGCGGUAGUUAUUCGCACUUGGCACGACUUUGAUUACUCUGCUGAGGAUAUCAUGUACCUGCGCUCUGUGAUCUCGGAGCUCUCACUCAACUCUGGUGGCGAGUAUACCGUACACUUCUUGGUUCAUGUCAAAGAUACCAACUUGCAGAUCUGGUCGGACGAUGAGACUUACCAGCGUGUGCUGCAUGAUUCCUUGCCUGAGGAGUUCCGUGGCAUGGGAACCCUCUGGUCAGAGCCCCAGAUGGCACUCAUGUACCCCGGUCUGGAAGAAACCAAUAUGCGCGGUUUGCCAAUUCACGGCGUCUACCGCAGCACCUAUAUGCCCAUGCAAUACUUCGCCUUCCAACACCCAGAGUACGACUACUUCUGGAACUGGGAGAUGGAUGCUCGCUACACCGGUCACUGGUACCACCUCUUCGACAAAGUCGGCGAAUGGGCUAAGAAGCAGCCACGCAAGGGUCUCUGGGAACGCAAUGCCCGCUUCUACGUGCCCUCCGUACAUGGCUCGUGGGACGAUUUCCGCCAAAUGGUCCGUGUGCAGACCGAAAUUGGCACCAACUCAAAGAACAACAUUUGGAGUGCCAUGAAAGAAGGAUCCGAUAAGGGCAGCCCUCUUCACCAGUCAGGCGACCGAUCAAUCUGGGGCCCCGAACGUCCCGACGAACGAGACAUUUUCGAAGUCGAAGGCGAAGGCAUCCCGCCUACAAGCAUGGACAAGGACCAAUACCAAUGGGGCGUUGGCGAAGACGCCGACCUAGUCGUCUUCAACCCCCUCUACGAUCCCGAAGGCACAACCUGGAUCCUGCGCGAUGAUGUAACGGGUUACAACCGUGAAAAGGGCAUGCCUCCCCGUCGCACGGCAAUCAUUACCGCCUCGCGUAUCUCUCGAAAACUACUCACUACUAUGCACCGCGAAUGCUCUCUCAAGCGCCACAGCAUGUUCUCAGAAAUGUGGCCGGCCACAACAGCCCUCCAUCAUGGCUUCAAGGCCGUCUUCGUUCCGCACGCCGUGUAUGUCGACCGCCGCUGGCCGACGCGCUACCUUGAGUCCGUGUUCAACGCCGGCCGGAACGGUGCUUCGGGCGGUGCCCGUACUUCCAUCUUCGGUGAUCGCGAACACAACUUCCGCGGCACGACAUGGUUCUACUCCGCAGGAUUCUCACCAAACCUCUGGCGCCGCUGGCUUGGACUGCGAGUUGACAAUGAUGGCGGAGAGCAGCAGGAGCUUGCAGGCGAGGGGCGGAUGUGUCUCCCCCCUAUGCUAUUGCACCCUGUAAAACAAGUAAAUAUGAUCAUUGAUGACGGGGAGAAGGCCGAGGACCGAUAA